AUGACUUUGCCUGAGAAUCUGAAGAAUUACUACUUAGAAUGGCUUCAGGAGCUUUUAGACGGGUUGUCUGCUAAGCAAGAACAGCUGAGUUUGACAUAUGCCAAAGCCAGGACAAAUUUAAGAGAUACAGAUGGUGUAUUCUAUUACCCAAAGGACCUGAAAAAAGUUAAAGGUAUUGGUGAUACAAUCGUCAGGCGAUUAGAGGAAAAACUGCACAAAUAUUGUCAAGAUAAUAAUAUUGAACCACCACCAAUAAGUGCACCUAGAACCGAAUCAUUGAGUGCUAGAGGUACAAAAAGAGGUUCUACCGAAUUACGAGUCAAUCUAACUGGUAGUGAAUCCCCUCCCAAGAAAAAACAAAGAAAAUAUAUUCCAAAGAAGAGGUCCGGUGGAUAUGCAAUCUUGUUAUCACUUUUGGAACAGAAUGCCAUUCAUCGAGGGAUUGCCAAAGAAAGAGUAAUUGAGGGUGGACAAAAAUAUUGUGACCAUAGCUUGAGUGGGAAUUUUGCCACUAAGGAAUAUUAUGGUGCGUGGUCAUCAAUCACUUCACUGAAAAAGCAUGAUCUUGUAUUGGAAGAGGGGAGACCCAAAUUGUAUUCCCUAACGGAAGCUGGAUUAGAAUUGGCUAACACUCUAAAAGUAGCUGAUGCCAUCAUUUUUCCAGAUGAUAAGAUAAAAAAUAGCAAUACAAGGCUAUUUGUGAAUGAUGCAGAUUCUUCCUUAGACAUGACUGUUAACUUAAGCGAAUUGUUGCGACAAGACAAGAAUAUACAACGACAAACUGCGGCAGACCUAAAUUCUUCUUUUAUAGAUAUCACUUUUCAAAACCAAACAAAUACUCCAAGUUUCAGGACUGAUGAUUAUGCGAUUAACUCUAGAUACAUUUUAGAUCUACGAGAUAAAUCAACCAAUUCAGUUACCAAUUCGGUUAGACGAAAAUUCAAUGGAGUUAAUUAUGAAAUUUGGCGAGGAGGAACAUAUGAGAUCUAUCCUAUAAUUGACCAUCGUGAGGUGAAAGCUCAAAAUAAUAGGGAUUUUUUCUCUAAAACUUUGGCAACAAAGGGAAUAAAGAGUGAUAUACGGCAGCUGCCACUUGGUGAUAUUGUUUGGGUUGCAAAAAAUAUCAGAACUGGCUCAGAGUGUCUAUUAAACACCAUUAUUGAAAGGAAAAGACUAGACGACUUGGCGUAUAGUAUAAGGGAUAAUAGAUUUAUGGAGCAAAAAAAUAGAUUAGAGAAAAGUGGUUGCACCAAUAAAUAUUAUCUCAUUGAAGAAUCAAUUGGAAGUAGUCUCACAAACAUGGCAGAAGCACUCAAGACAGCACUGUGGCUUAUUUUGAUUUACUACAGAUUUUCUGUCAUCAGGACAAGUAAUGCUGACCAAACCGUUGAGCAACUUCAAGCCAUUCAUUCUGUUAUAUCACAUUACUAUGCAAGAAAAGAUCUGUUGAUUAUCUAUCCAAAUAAUCUAGUAAAACAAGACGACUACACUACAGUGCUUGAAGAUUUCAAGAAAGAGUUUAGUAGUAGGACCAAUAUUGAAUGCUGUCACACUUUUGCUUGCUAUCAAGAAAUGAUGGGUAAAAAUGAAUUACGAACAGUGGGUGACAUUACAAUACAGAUACUGCUAUAUAUCAAGGGAAUUUCUUUAGAGAAAGCCAUAGCAAUACAGUCCAUUUUCCCAACAUUGAAUCAUAUCUUGACUGCAUACAGGGAUUGUAAAUCUGAACAAGAUGCGAAAAUGCUUAUGUUUCGAAAAUUGGGUGAAGCUCCAGGGAAUAAGAAAAUUACGAAGAAUUUAUCAGAAAAGAUCGCCGAAGUGUUUUAUAGUACAUAG